AAAGAGUAGUGAUACAAGAAUUGUAUGAAAUAAUGGUAGCUAGUAAAAACGCAUUCUAUAUAUAAUCCAAAAUCAUUCCCAUUACUGUAAAAUAUUAAUGGAACUGACCAGCUGGGCUGUGCAGAAGGUGAAUCCAAUUGCAUGGAUGGCGGAAAUAGCAACCAGUCAAAACCGAUUUAUAACAGAUACAUACAUUACCCAAAAAGCUCUUAAAACUCAACAAGAGACCUCUAAGCGAUUUUAUAACAUUCCCCAAAUUGUGGCGAAUUUCGUGAAACUGGCAACACCGCAAGAAUCAGAAGAAUAAACUUCAGAUAGAAAAAUGAGUCUGACGGUUGAGGGUUUGAGCAUUUCCCAGUUACGGAAAUCUACACUAAAAUGUAAGCAAAUGAAAUUAAAUAUGUUUAAUUGAAGCUGCUUAACUAAAAGGCUGCUUUCAAAACCCUGAUAAAAAUUUCCAAUAAAAUCACCAUAAACUACCAUUGAAUAAUGAUAAAUUUGGCUGAUGCAUCCACCGAAAUAACGUUCUCUCUUCUUAAAGAGAAAACUACACUCACAAAGUAGAUGUUCCGAGGUUUCAGAGUUGAAACCACAGAACCGACAUUCUUCUGAUUGAAUCUUCUUGAGCUUCAGGUAGUUGACUUGAAUUCGCUUCAGCAAAUUUGGAUUUUUUUAAUGUUAAGAUGCAUAACAACCCCCAUUUUGUAUUGUAAAAGUGACAUUUACAAUACAUGCUAUGGUGGAAAACCAUAGGGUCUGUUGUUACUCUAUCGUUUUCAAUUAAAUACCAUUCAUUUCAGCGUGUUGUAACAAUACAUUCUGUUGUAUCUCUAUGAUCUUUUUUAUCAGGGUAGGUGUGAUAGGGUGGGUGUGAUUAAUCCGAAUAAAGGUGAUCCCCUCAACACUUACCAUGCACAAUGAACAUUUUGUGGCUCUUCGAGCAAGAAUAUAAUGUAUAUUCUUUUCGGGGAAUCGGAUCAUUUGGAAAACUGACUUUCGGAAAAAAGGGCAUCCGUUGAACUAGCGUUCGGAGAAACAAUAUCUGAGAAACUGGCUUUCGUGGAAAAGUAAAACGAUCAUGCAAAAUAACAUCAUCAGCCGAAAACAACAAAAAUUUACCUUCAUUAUUUCGCGCUCCUCGAGAGAAAAUAACAAAUUAAGCAUUGUCCAGUUACAAUCAGGACGCAGAGUAUAAUACGUUUGUGCUCAUGGAUCUGCUUGGGAGCUGUCCAUUUAUUACGUAAGGCUAUUUUCCUGAUUUUUCGACACCCCCACUCCCCUUGUAAGAUUUUUCGUAUGAAACUCUAAAUUUUUUGUAUGACGCGUAAGAUUUUCCAAACCCCCCCUCCUCCCAUAAACCCUUACGUAAUUAAUGGACACGGACAGCCCCUUGGAAUUCCAAGAUUUGGCAGGAAGUUCGAGCUCUGGGCAUCGUUUUCCCACAUCACAAUAAUGACACAAAAUAAUAGCCUAAAGAAUCGCGUGCAACUUUUCAAAAUUGCACACGGGGAAUCUGUAGAAGUUUAAGCUACUUUGGCGAACAGUCACGACAGCCAGAGAUGUUCAGUGGUAUCAUCACGGAUGGAUAGUGUUUAUUAAGGAAAAAAACUCAAAUUUCGCCUCUUUGGAAUUCACUGAAUUGCUAUUAAUUACGCAAGAGUAGAAAUGUUUGGCAAAGUCUCUUUGGAAUCUUAACCCUCUUCGUGUGUUAGGAUCAUAAUGACCCCUAAACGUGCACUAGGUCAGCGAGGUGCGCGCAAGCUAAAGCACGAAGAAGGUUAAUAAGACUGGUAGAGGGUCUGAGGACACUACAGAGAUGACCUGAUCGUGAGACAAAUACGCCAGAGGGGCACCCCUUCAAGGAAAAAAAAUCUGCACAAUGAUAGUAAAUUUUAGCAUCAACGUUGAUGCUAAAAUUUACUAUCAUUAUGCAGAUUUUUUUUCUUUGUUCGGGGCGGCGACACCGCCACCACACAAGAGUUCAACUAGAAAUCCUCUAUUAUAGAGAUUAGCGGAAGAUACACAUGUCGAUUCGGCAACGCUGUUUGUUUUGUUUACGACUGCUUCCAACACUUGCCAUAAAGCUAGAAGUUCAAGCUUUGUGCGUGACUUUGUUGUGGCGCAAGUUUGUUCUGUUUACGUUUGUUAAUUAUAGUUGAUUUUUUUCCCAAAAUUUUGAAAAAAGUAGCGCAAUUGAAAUUCUUAAGUCUUAAAUACAUUGCAAAGAAUAGCGCUAAUCAUAUCGACAGAAGUAAAUCAAGUAGCAGUAAUGGAAGUUUUUUCGAGAAGAGCAGCUAUAAAAGUUGAACAUGAAUUUUUGAAACCAGAAUAAUUAAAUAUUAUCUUUUUACUACAUUUUCAUAUGCCACAACAUUUUCGAUAUUAAAAAUAAAUAAUUAUAAUUUGUUUAGUUCUGAUUACAAUACCCUAAAAACGAUAAACAUGUUCGUUUGGUUCACACUCUGACAGUUCUUUCUGAACGAUUGGCUCACAACGCUCACAAUGACCGCUUCCGCAUAUGUCUAUAAUUAGCCUGUGCAUGCCGGCAGGAACGACAUACGAAUGACACUAAUGAGUGAAGCUUUUUUGUCGACCUUCUAAAGCUUUCAACAGCGUUCGACAUUCGAUAAGAAAAUCUUAUUGGAAUCUAAUUAGAAUAGUAAACAACAGCUAUUCCCAUUGUAGCCUCAUUGACUGAAAUUCAAUUCAACCGUUAUUUUAAUUUUCAGGUUAUAAUAUCUCACAAAUCGCAAAAAUCGCAACCUGAAAUGUUUAGCAAAUACACAUCAAGAGGUAUAUUUGGUGUUUUUUUUUUUAAUAUUUGAUCUUUUGUAAUAGCAUUAGUAAAGGUGGUGCCUCUCCAAAUUUUCGACAGUAUGUUUACCUAGUAUUGAUGGGUAUUUGAUAAAAAAACAGGUUGCGAUUUUUUUUGCAUUUUGUGAGAUAUGUAAUCUGAAAAUUACACCAUUUUUUCGAUUUUUUAAUUUUAUUCUUCAUUGUCUAUUUUUUUCUGGAAUUUUGACUUCUAAGAAAGUGUUGUUUAUUUUGUUAAAAUUAACCAUUUUGCCGAAGACGUGAAGUCUCUAGGACGUAAAACUAAAAAGUUAGAUGGUGGCGCACCCUAUGCGGAUUAGUUAUGAACUACUAAUUUCUUCACAAUUAGCUCCUUUAGCGGUGUUGAGAUAAUUCCAUAUUCUGAAUCUGCACGCCAAACUAGGACAAGAUUCAAAUUUUCAUGAAUUUUGGUUCUCGGGAACCUAUUUAAAAAUCAAUAUGAAGUUUUUAUGGGAGCGAUUUGAUGAAUCACCCCUUGUCGGGUUUUGUACUGGGCGGAGCUUUCAAGCAGUUGCCGAGCUGUUAAAAGGUGAUUUUGAAAAAUCGCUUUGAAAUUGAUUUAGGUAUCAAAAUAAUGUUCUAAAAAUCUGAAAAAAAAAAACAUACUGGUUUGAAAAAAAGUGGUCUUUCAUAUGAAAUUGAAAAAUCAAUAUUUUUUUCCUAAGUGCUCCUAAUUAUUACAAAAAAAAGUUGUCGAAGACACUAUGUGCCGGAAAUGCUUCUUUUCGGAGUAAUUACUUUUAGCCCGCUAGAUUGCUAUCCUGGCCUUCAGUGCAUUGUGGUGCUAUUUAUUCAUUUCAUAGCGACUGCUUUAGUUAUUUUAAUGAUCCUUUAAAAGGUUCAAAAUUGAAUACACUCAUUCGAAAAGGGUAUUCUGCUUAGAGGAGAUGCUGAGGAAGAUUACAAGUGGUAGUCGAAAUACGCGUAUCAGUUAAAGGAUAAGCAAUAGAGGGCGGAAUCAAAAUAUACAGUACAAAACUAAUUCAUUAUUUAAUUAAGGUACACCGGGGCAAGUUGAAACGGGUGGGGCAAGAUGAAACGCGAAGUUUUAAAAAAGAUUUCAAUACAAUUUGGAAAUUUAUCCUUUGUUAAAAGAUUGUUUGAAUCAAAAACUAUGUGUUAUGGCAAUCACAUUAUUUAUCAUCAUUAGAAAACAUCAUGUUAACUAGCUGUUUCAUCUUGCCCCACCCGUUUCAACUUGCCCCGGUGUACCUUACACAGUUCGAAAAAAGCCUGUAAAAUUAUGAUGGAUCGAAUGUAACAAAAAGACCCCGUCAUAUAUGAUGGAAAUUUUUGUGCGAUCUUAAAAUUACAUUGCAGAUAUCUGUUAGGAAAUAUAAAGAAAAAUUGAGCUCCAAGCGAGAAUCGAACUCUGAUCCUUGGGAUGUGAGUAGCACGCCCGGCUAUCUCAGCUUGUUGGGGAGCAGACAGUCAAAGUUAAACUGCUUCUACCAUAAUGCACGCAUUCCCGACAUGCUCCGGCUGCUGCAGAGAGUACUGAGAGAAACAACGGGGAAACCGCAACAGCUGCGAGCAGCCGUUCGUUUAGUUGAUGACGGAGAGUGGCUGGCAUGAUUUAUAGCAGAUGCAUGUAAAUUUAAAGCGAAUAUGCUUUAAAAUCUGUAAACAAGCCGUCUGACCAGCAGCGGGCUGCUCGGCUGACGUUAAAUGUUGCUGAUUUACAAUUAUCUGCCGCAAAUUUCAGUUUAUCUUCGAUUUACGUGCUGUUUAACUUUCAUAUUUUUUUGCUGUGUAAUUAUGACAUUUUGUCAGAUGGAGGUCGUUACAAUGAAAUAAUAAUUUAAUUAAACUUCCAACCGUUGAAAAAAAUCACCUUUCUAGUUUGUAGUUUUGCAUUAAUUUAACAAAAAAAAUGUAUUAAGAAGGGUUGAAUUUCCAGCUGUUGUUAUACUUGCAGUAACUGUUUCUAAUUAAUUUUGUUAGUUCUAAGCUAAUUUGAUCUUCCAUUAUUUUUUCAUUUACGAAUAAUAAUCUUUAAAGUAUUACUUACCUUCACGUAAGUAUAUUAUCGUCGCGGUUGAAACAAUUUUUUUUUUCAAAUAAACAAGGAUGGGAUCAUUCAUUUGCAAUCAUUUACAUUCACUUGCGAAUAUCUCGCUUCAGAAACAUUGUAGCAAAAACUAAUGUAUGGAGCACCUUUUCAUUUUUGUUUUACCUGAAACUUUGUAGAACAAUUUACUAGUGUAGCGCCAAUAAUAAAGCCAACAGAAGGCAGCAAACGCAACUCCACGGCGUGAGUGUAAUUUACAUUCACCGCGUGGAGAGUUGCCUUCACAGCUCGUUCACGAAUUUGGAAUGCGUGUGUGACCCUAAUGCUAUUCGGCGAACUUCCAGAUAAAACUAAAAGGUUCAAUUCAUCCAUACAUAGUUUUUUUGAUAGAAUGCUUCUGAACAGAAUUGGUAUCAAGUGAAUGUAACUCUUUGCAAAUGAAUGAUCCCACCCCUGCAAAUUAAUAUGUGAAACAUAUUGCGCUGGACAGCAAAUCUGGCCCUCUAUCCAGCGCAAUAUUUCCGAAGUACGUGCAACACAUGGUUUACGAAAAAAUCGAAUUUCGCUUGACAAAAAAUCAAAUUUUUAACUUCAAAAUAGGUAACGGUUGAAUUAAAUUUCAGUCAAUGAAGGUUCAAUGAGAAAAUCUUAUUGGAAUCUUAUUGGAAUCGUAAAUAACAUACGAUUCCAAUAAGAUUUUCUCAUCGAAUGUCGAACACUGUUGAAAGCUUUAAUGGUCGACAAAAAAGCUCCACUCAUUAGUGUCAUUCGUAUGUCGAUCCUGUAGGAUUACUAGCUUAGACUAGAGCAGUGGUGAAGUCUAGGGAACGUUCAAAAAUUACGUCCAACAUUUGGAUGACGGGGAAAGUGUGACAGUACGUGUAUAAGGUAUAGGGAAAAAGCGUGACAGAGGGGGGAGAGGGGGGGAUUAGAAAUCCCAAAAAACGAUGGACGUAAUAAAUGAACCUUCCCCUAGUGCUUUUUAUCCUAUAAGUCACGGGUUCCCAACCGGUGGUCCGCGGCCCCCUGGGGGGCCGUGAAGCCAGUCCAGGGGGCCGCGAUGGUAAAAAAAUGUUAAAUUUUUAUUCUAUGUUGUGCAAAUUAUACCAAUUUUUAAUUUUGUAUACCGUCAUCCCACAAUUUAAAGAACAAAUUUUCAGUAUAAAGCGACUUCAGAAGAAAAAAAUUUUUCGGCUGCCCCGCUAUUUUGCAGCUACGACUCAAAUUUAAUAUUUAUGACAUCAUUGCUUAUGAAAUGUGAGUAUUAGCGUGGUUCAAAAAAAUCGUUUCUGCUCCACACCGCUUAUUCGAUUCAUAUCCAGAUUUUAUGCCUUCUCACAAAAUUUGAGCUCAUUUGGUUGAAAAUUGAGACUGCACAAGCCUUUCAAAGUUUGUAUGGGAAUUACUAUGGAGAAAUGAUGAUUUUCUUUCAAUGGACCGUAACAUUUUCCCAAGUGCCCCAGAGGGUUAGUUGACCCUUGGUACUCCCAGGCUACUCUAUCAGCCACAACUUUGCCGAAGAUCGCAUUCAAAUCGAACGCCUCAUUAAUUAGUUAUCGAUUUGCACCCAACUGGAGAAACUUUAACAGUGAUCCUCCAGCUUCCUAGCAGGCAACAUUGCUGCAUAUGGCGCCAAAGAUAGCACACUGAAAUCAUGGCUACUAUGUUUCACUGCAAAAUGCAGUGAUGCCCACCGAGUAGUUUAACCAUCAUCAGUAAAGAUUUCGAUUCUGGAUAAAAAUCGGUUACUAAUUAAUGAGGCAUGCGAUUUGAAUGCGGUCUUCGGCAAAGUUGUGGCUGAUAGAGUAGCCUGGGAGUACCAAGGGUCAACUAACCCUCUGGGGCACUUGGGAAAAUGUUACAGUCAAUUGAAUGAAAACCAUCGUUUUCCCAUAGUAAUUCCCAUACAAACUUUGAAGGGCUUGUGCAGUCUCAAUUUUCAACCAAAUGAGCUCAAAUUUUGUGAGAAGACAUAGAUUCUGGUUAUGAAUCUGUUGUAUCAGUUCGAAUGCUAUGUAUACUUUUGUCCCAGUGUAGAUUAGACUGUCGUUUGACAGAUCCAUAAACGCCAUAUCAUUCUACCAACCACACAACCCGAUGUCAAUUAUUCACAGGUCCGGGUGAACGUAUAUGUUUGCCUGUAUUUGUCGAUAAAAAUAUGUAAACAAACCGAUCAGCUGAUCGCGACGUCACGUUCGCCAGAAAAUUUGUUCGCAGCUUCUGGAACGUGACGUCACCUUCGGCAACUUCGUGCGAUUUCGGCUUGCCGAAGUUGACAUGACACGACUACUACUUCAAAAUUAUCAUAUCACAAACACCACUUUACCCGAUGGGCCUAACCUGGUGAAAUUUAGAACAUUGCACACAACCCCAAAAGCUUAUACAAUGUAGGUUACUAGUAUGAAUAAAGUGAGAUGAUCUGUCUCUUCUAACGUGAACGUCGACGAGUGAACACCUCUUUAUUUUGAGUGCAGAAACACCCCGAACAUAGUACAUUUUAGUGGCUAACGAGGAUUAAGUUCGAUUUUCGCGUGUGCAAUUGGAGAUUAGUGGAAAUUUCUCGGCUACUAGUGCAAUCAGUCGGUAAGUUUUUACGCUGUAGAGUGACAGUGAUGAAAAGUUUUUUUUUAGUGAUUUGGCGUACAAUUGAGUUUUGAAAGCGUAUAUUGUUUAAGCUCACAGUUCCUUUGUUCUUCUUGCUUUGUCUAGAGCCGGUCGUCUGCGACGCUUGCAGCUCUGGGUACGCGGGGGCGCUUUUUGCGACGUGUCGGCCAUUGAAUUUCACCGGAGUGUACCAGCUGCCAAGGUUGAAUACGUGGAAUUUGAUCCACUGCUGUUUCUACUGGUUGUUGCUGUUGGUUUGGAGCGGUUGCUGCUGUUGUGUGCUGUGCUGGGCGGACGAGGUGUAGUGCUGCUGGGGGACUUAACGGUUCUGUUUCGGUGUGAACAAUUCGGCGAUUUCAAAUCCCGGGACGAUAUCCCUACUCUGGUACCGCAGCAGGCGGAGUCAACCAUUGUCAACCGGCGCGAGAGGUUCUCAACGCGACGUGCGGAAAGCGACAAAAAAAUAAGGCAAAAUGGCGUUAUAUGGAACCAUUGAUCCCUACGUCCCAGGAACAUCGUUUUCUAAUUACAUAGAGCAUAUUGAGUAUUUUUUCUCGAGCAAUAAUGUUCCCGAUGAACGAAAAAAAGAUUUAUUUAUGACUUUUGCCGGUAUGGCAACUUUUGAAGAGCUUAAAUUGCUCUAUCCAUCCACAGAUUUGAAGACAUUGUCAUACGCGGAGAUUACAAAAAAACUUAAAGAAAGAUUCGAUAAGGUAGACAAUGAAUUAGUAUCCAGAUAUAAAUUCAGAUGCCGUAAACAAGGCCCUUCCGAAUCCAAUGAAAAUUUUAUUCUAGCAGUGAGAUUAUUGGCGGAAUCGUGUGAUUUUGGACAGUUUAGAGACACAGCUAUAAGGGAUCAAUUGUUGUUCGGUUUGUCGGAUAGAAAACUACAAAAACGUUUGCUGAGUGAAGAUGAGUUGACAUUAAAAACUGCGGAGAGAAUUAUCAAGAGUAGUGAGAUUGCUGUAAAUCAGGCUGAUGCUAUUAAUGAAGAUCCGAAUAUAAAUUCAGUGAAAUAUCGGCUUGGCAGGAGAGGUGAAUAUAGUGCGCAGAAAAUAGAGUACCGUGGUAGAGAGAGAAGCAGGGGUCGUGCCUACAGGGGAUUUUAUGACCGGUAUGAUAGAAGCAGAUCUCGUUCAGGGCCAAGCGCAGGACAAAGAUCGUCCAACAGAGGUCGUUACGCGAAUUUUGUGUGCCAUUUCUGUAAACUGCGCGGCCAUAUCCAAAAGCAUUGUUACAAAUACAAAGACAGUCAAAAAGGCUCUGUUAAGUUCGUUGGGGACGUUUCAAAGCAAGACACCGCCCGGGAUGAUGUGCAUGACUAUUUCAAACGGUUGCAAGACGAUUACAGCAGUGACAGCGACAGCUCAGGUGACUAUCCGUGUUUAAUGAUUAGGUCAGUCCAUAAGAUCAGUGAACCUUGUCUUCUAGAUGUUGAAAUUGAGGGUAAAAUAUUCAAAAUGGAAGUGGAUAGUGGUUCAGCUGUCACUGUUAUCUGCAAAGCUGAUUAUUUGAAGUUUUUGAGCAAUAAUUUGCUGAAAAAGUGUAAACUGGUGGUAGUAAACGGAUCAACUCUGGAAGUUCUUGGCAUUAUUUCGGUAUACGUUUCUGUAAAUUUUAGAAAAGUUAAGCUGGAACUUGUUGUCUUGAUUAAUGAUCGUCGUUUUGAUCCUCUUAUUGGAAGGGAUUGGCUAGAUGUGUUCUUCGAGAAUUGGCGAACUUCGUUUUCUAAUGCAUUGAUGAUUAAAAACAUUCCUGGCCCAAUUGAAAGCAAAACUGCUGACCUUAAUCGGAUUAAAUCCAAGUAUGCAAGUGUUUUUGAUAGAGAUUUGUCCACUCCUAUCAAAGGCUUUGAGGCCGAUUUAGUACUUAAAGAAGAUUCGCCAAUUUUUCGCAAGGCUUACGAUGUACCAUAUCGGUUAAAAGAAAAGGUGUUGAACCAUUUAGAUUCACUGGAAAAAGAUGGAAUCAUUACUCCUAUUAAAACAAGUCUUUGGGCGUCGCCGGUGGUAGUAGUGAUAAAGAAAGAUGGGGACAUUCGUCUUGUCAUAGACUGUAAAGUAUCUAUUAAUAAGGUAAUUAUCCCUAAUGUGUACCCUUUACCUACCGCACAGGAUGUGUUUGCCUCUCUGGCAGGAUGUAAAGUAUUUUGUUCCUUGGACCUGGCCACUGCUUACACUCAGUUGAAUUUGUCUUACAAAUCAAGAAAGUUUGUGAUUAUUAACACUCCUAAGGGACUUUAUUCAUAUAAUAGGCUCCCUCAGGGGGCUUCAUCCAGUGCAGCCAUAUUACAGCAAGUCAUGGAUACAGUUUUAAAUGGACUUGAAUUUGUUUCAUGCUACCUUGACGACGUGUUGAUUGCUGGAAAGGAUUAUGACGAUUGUAAACAGAAGUUACUUUUAGUUCUUGACCGUUUAAAUAGAGUAAAUAUUAAAGUGAACUACAAGAAAUGUAAAUUUUUUGUUAGUGUGCUCCCGUUUUUGGGGCACAUGAUUUCAGAGAAUGGUCUUCAACCCAAUCCUGACAAAGUUGCCACUAUACAGCAAGCUGAAGUACCUGAAAAUGUACGACUCCAACGAUAUAUUAUGGAGUUGUCCAUAUAUGAUUAUGAAAUUCUAUACAAACCGUCAGAGCGCAUGGGUACGGCAGAUUUCUGCUCCAGAUUUCCAACGAAAGAUGAAGUACCUAAAGGGUUAGAAAAACAUUUCAUAAAGAGUUUAAAUUUCUCUGAGGAACUCCCCUUGAACCAUAAGUUAAUAGCGGAUGAGACAAAUAAUGAUAAAUUUCUUCAACAAGUUAACUCGUUUUUACAGCAUGGCUGGCCGAAAAGGUUGGAUAAAUGUUUCAGGGACAUAUUUUCACAGCAUCAGCAGUUAGAGAAAGUGGACGGUUGCUUGCUAUUUGAGGAUCGUGUGGUUAUUCCAGAAUCUCUGCAACGUAAAAUUUUGAAAAUACUCCAUGCCAACCAUGCGGGUAUAAUCAAAAUGAAACAGGAAGCUCGUAAGACUGUAUACUGGUUUGGAAUCAACACUGACAUUGAGAAUUAUAUGAAGCAAUGCGAUACUUGUUUAAAAAUAACUGUUGUCCCCGACCAAAACAUUACAUCCAAAAUGGAUUCCUUCGUUUAGACCAUUUGGAAGAGUUCAUGCUGACUUCUUUUUUUUUGAAAAGCAAAUUCUACUCCUAGUAGUAGAUAGCUACUCCAAGUGGCUGGAAAUAUAUUGGAUGAAGUUUGGCACGGAAGCAUCAAAAGUCAUUAGAAAGUUGACUAGUUUUUUCGCCAGAUUCGGCCUUCUCGACAUUUUUGAAACAGAUAAUGGCCCACCGUUGUAAAUUUCCUCGAAAGACAAGGCGUCGAAGUUCUAAAAUGUCCACCUUACCACCCUCAAAGUAAUGGUCAGGCUGAGAGGUUGGUAAGAGUAGCAAAGGAGGUGUUAAAAAAGUUUUUGGUUGACCCAGAAAUGAAGGCCUUGGAUUUCCAGGAUAAGUUGGACUAUUUUCUGUUCAACUACCGUAACAGUUGCCUAACAGCCGACGCUACUCACCCUGCGGAUAAAGUUUUUGCAUAUAAACCCAAAACUUUAAUUGACUUGAUUAACCCUAAUUUAAAUAAAAGAAACCGACAAGUUGUGACCAAGGAGGAAGAUAAAAGUUCAAAAACUGUUGACAGUACUAAGAAAGAUCCUUUGGCGAAUUUAGUUCGAGGAGACAAGGUUUACUAUAGGAACUAUAACCCUAACAGCAUUGAAAAAUGGAUUGAGGGAGUUUUUAUUAAACGAAUCUCUCUCAAUAUUUUCCAGAUAGCGGUCGGAGCAAACUUAGUCUCGGCCCACAGGGGGCAGAUAAGGCCAGCCAGUAAAUCCGAACCUAGGCGAAAUAUUCAGCUUCGGUUGGUUGAAGAGAGCAGUAUGCCAAGAGGAACGAAGAGGACCUUCGGGGAACUGGAGGAAGCAGAAAUUUCUAGUUCAGACACACCUGAGGAAAUCGAGACUGACAGUGCACCACCGCAUCCUGCAAGAAGUGAAGCUCAUCCGAGCAUUCUGCAACCAAUACGUUCGGAGAGAAAUUUAAGAAGAUCCACUAGAAAAAAGAAGGUUAAAGUGAAUGAAGAUUAUGUUUACUAUCAGUAAAUUUUCAAAGCAUGAAUUUGCGUACGAAAUACUGUUUUUUUUCUAAAUAUGAACUACAAAUAGCAACCAAUUGCAAUCGAAUAAUAUUAUGUAUAAGUUAAUAUGAAUUUACGUUACUUGAAAUUAUUAGAUACGAUGGUUUUGAUUUAAGGGAAGAGAAGUGUUGUAUCAGUUCGAAUGCUAUGUAUACUUUUGUCCCAGUGUAGAUUAGACUGUCGUUUGACAGAUCCAUAAACGUCAUAUCAUUCUACCAACCACACAACCCCAAAAGCUUAUACAAUGUAGGUUACUAGUAUGAAUAAAGUGAGAUGAUCUGUCUCUUCUAACGUGAACGUCGACGAGUGAACACCUCUUUAUUUUGAGUGCAGAAACACCCCGAACAUAGUACAUUUUAGAAUCGAAUAAGCGGUGUGGAGCAAAAACGAUUUUUUGAACCACGCUAGUGAGUAUCGAAUAACAAAAACGUAUCAUCACUCCAAAAAUUCUUCACGUCCGAUUGACGUGAAAAAUCACGUAACCUCCCAAUUUUGUUGUUUACAACCAAUUCACAUGACUCAUGUGAACUUUACUUAGAGUCAUGUGACUUUGACGUUGAAUUCAGGUCAAAGUUACAUGAUUUUUCGGUCUGAAAAAAAUAAUGAGUGACUCUUCAAAGUGAGUGGACAAGAUGGCGUCAACGAGAGCGUUUGUCAGUCAGCAAGUAAACAACAGUGUUUUUAUCUAUCAGCUAAACAUAAAAGUGUAAGUUAUAAAUCGAU